AUCCAAUGCUCGAAGCUGCGUCUUUUAGGAGAAGUCGGUGUUGUUCAGAAGUUCGGAUGGAAGUUCAGGGGUCUGCGCAUUUAUCGGGCUGAUGUCGUGCAAAUUGCCGAAGCGAAGCGCAAAUCCCAAUGCUUACGGCCGCCCGAAUCCCUGUCUCUCGGCCGAGUAGGCAGGCCAUGUUCGGCAAUAGGGAUGUAUAAGUCGGAUCUGAUGAAUUGCUUAUAAGACUAGAAGAUCUGAGCAUGUACAUACCAUAAAACCGUUUGAAUUUCACUCUAUUAUCUUUUGGGUCUCCUGGUUCUUUCGAUUCAUCCAAUCUGAGGCACUUCCGACUUGCUUUCGGCUCUUCCGCUCCUGCCAACCUCCUCGGCUCCCACGACCCAACCAUGCCUCACUUGAGCCUCAGGGUCCUCGUCAGCGGCGGAGGCAUUGCCGGGAAUGCGCUCGCCUUUUUCCUUGCAAGGCAAGGCCACGACGUCACUGUCGUCGAGCGGUUCCCCAACCUGCGUGCCACGGGACUCCAACUCGAUCUGCGCGGGCCCGGCAUUGAAGUGCUGAGACGAAUGGGCCUCGAGGACGCAUUCCGCGCCAGGGCAGCCCCCGAGCAAGGCAUGCAGUGGGUCGACAGCUCGGGAAGACGGCGGGCCUAUUUCCCUGCAAACAAAUCGGGACACGGGCGGCAAAGUUUCAGCUCCGAGUUUGAAAUCAUGAGGGGCGAUCUGUGCCGCCUGCUUUACGACGCUGCCAGGACAUGCAAGAAGCCACCGCGGUAUGUGUUCGGGACGGCGAUUGAAAGUUUGGAGCAGCACAACAACGGCAAAGACAAUCACAAUGUUGAGGUUCGGUUCGAGGACGGCAAGACGGACCGCUUUGAUCUCGUCGUCGGUGCCGACGGCCAGUGGUCCCGUACGCGCAGGAUGAUGCUCGGCCCGGGAGUGCAGGACGGGAUGCAGCGAGUUCCCGGGCUCUACUUCGCAUACUUCACCAUGCGGCGGCCGAUGGAGGACGGCGACGAGUAUCUCGCCACCUUGUACAUGGCUCCAGGGAGACGGGGCAUGGCGAUCCGGAGACACAGCCCGCACGAGAUGCAGGUCAUGCUCUCAUGCAAGACAGAUCCAGAUCGUCUCGAAAGCGUUCCCCGGGGAGACGUCAAGCGGGAGAAACAGGCCGUGGCAGACAUCUUCAAAGGGGCCGGGUGGCUCACAGAGGAUAUCCUAAAGGCGAUGAGCGUGGCCGAUGACUUCUACCUCGAGCGGUACGGCAUGGUCAAGUUACCGUCGUGGUCCUCCGGCCGCGUCGCCCUGGUUGGCGAUGCUGCUUACUGUCCGACGGUGCUGACGGGCAUGGGUACCACCUGCGCCAUGGUCGGAGCCUACAUCUUGGCCGGUGAGAUCGGAAGAUAUUGCGCCCAGGGAAACGGUAACGACAGCAGCAGCCACAAAUCGGACGGCUUGGUGGCUGCCCUCGAAAACUACGAACGAAAAUUCCGGCCGUUCAUGGACAAGAUGCAGGAAGGCAUACUCGAAAAGGCAGAGAGCCAAUGGGCCAUGACCGGCUCGGCAUUCGGCAUUGCCGUCUUGAACUGCUUUAUGAGUUUGGUCUCGUUCUUCAAGGUGAACAUCGCCGACUUUUUCGGCAUCCGAGAGACUGUGAAGGGGUGGCAGUUGCCAGACUACAGGGGCGUCGUACCGGACGAGGCUUGACAACAUACUACUACAUCUCAGAAAAGGUGCCUGUACGAGUAAUCAGGCGUCGGAUAUCUUCUCCUCUCAGCUCUUCCUCCACUUCUUUCCUUACUACUAUGUACUAUCAG